CACAAGACACGAGCUGCAGAGCGCAACCUCAGGAGAAGCUGUUCACUAAGAAGCCGCUCUGCCACCUGCACUCAUCCCUCUGAUACGUCCAGCAGCACUCACAUCCUGACAGAAGAUGGCACCUAAAGGAACCGCCAUUGGCAUUGACCUGGGCACCACCUACUCCUGUGUGGGGGUCUUCCAGCAUGGCAAGGUGGAGAUCAUCGCCAACGACCAGGGCAACCGCACCACCCCCAGCUACGUGGCCUUCACCGACACCGAGAGACUCAUCGGAGACGCUGCCAAGAACCAGGUGGCCCUCAACCCCCAGAACACAGUCUUUGAUGCCAAGAGGCUGAUUGGCAGAAGGUUUGAUGAGCCGGUGGUGCAGUCUGACAUGAAGCACUGGCCCUUCCAGGUGGUGAGUGAUGGAGGAAAGCCCAAGGUCCAAGUGCAGUAUAAAGGAGAGGACAAGACCUUCUUCCCUGAGGAGAUCUCCUCUAUGGUGCUGCUGAAAAUGAAGGAAACAGCAGAGGCUUAUCUGGGUCAUCCAGUCACCAAUGCGGUCAUCACCGUGCCAGCCUACUUCAAUGACUCCCAGCGGCAGGCCACCAAAGACGCCGGUGUCAUCGCCGGACUCAACGUGCUGAGAAUCAUCAAUGAGCCUACAGCAGCUGCCAUUGCGUACGGCCUGGACAAGGGAGCCCGUGGGGAACGCAACGUCCUCAUCUUUGACCUGGGAGGUGGCACCUUCGACGUCUCCAUCCUUACCAUUGAUGACGGCAUCUUUGAGGUAAAGGCCACAGCGGGUGACACUCAUCUGGGAGGAGAGGACUUUGAUAACAGAAUGGUCAACCACUUUGUGGAAGAAUUCAAACGCAAACAUAAAAAGGACAUUACCCAAAACAAGAGGGCCCUGAGGAGACUGAGGACAGCCUGCGAGAGAGCCAAGCGCACCCUGUCCUCCAGCACCCAGGCAAGCAUUGAGAUUGACUCCCUGUACGAGGGCAUUGACUUCUACACUUCCAUCACUAGAGCCCGCUUUGAGGAGUUGUGUUCCGACCUCUUCCGUGGUACCCUGGAGCCUGUUGAGAAAGCCUUGCGAGAUGCCAAGAUGGACAAGUCACAGAUCCAUGAAAUUGUCCUAGUGGGAGGUUCCACACGUAUCCCCAAGGUGCAGAAGCUGCUGCAGGACUUCUUCAAUGGCCGAGAGCUGAACAAGAGCAUUAAUCCAGAUGAAGCUGUGGCCUAUGGGGCUGCUGUCCAAGCUGCCAUCCUCAUGGGAGACAAGUCAGAGAAUGUGCAGGACCUCCUUCUACUGGAUGUGGCUCCUCUUUCUUUGGGCCUGGAGACAGCUGGAGGGGUUAUGACCGUCCUCAUCAAACGCAACACGACCAUCCCCACCAAGCAGACCCAGGUCUUCAGCACCUACUCUGACAACCAGCCAGGUGUCCUCAUUCAGGUGUAUGAGGGUGAGAGAGCCAUGACCAAGGACAACAACCUGCUGGGUAAAUUUGAGCUGAGUGGAAUUCCCCCUGCUCCUCGGGGUGUACCCCAGAUCGAGGUGACCUUUGAUAUAGAUGCCAACGGUAUCCUCAACGUAUCUGCUGUGGACAAGAGCUCAGGCAAACAGAACAAGAUCACUAUUACAAACGACAAAGGCCGACUGAGCAAAGAGGAGAUAGAGAAGAUGGUGCAAGAUGCUGAGAAAUACAAAGCGGAUGAUGAUGACCAGAGAGAGAAAAUUACUGCCAAAAACUCUCUGGAGUCCUAUGCCUUCAACAUAAAGAGCAUGGUGGAAGAUGAGAACAUGAAGGGGAAGAUCAGUGAUGAAGAUAAGAGGGUCAUCUCGGACAAGUGUAAGGAGAUCAUUGCCUGGCUGGAGAACAACCAACUUGCAGAGAAAGAUGAGUAUACCCAUAAGCAGAAAGAGCUGGAGAAGGUGUACCAACCAAUCAUCACCAAGAUGUACCAGGGAGGUAUGCCAGGAGGUAUGCCUGGCUCCAGCUGUGGUGCACAGGCCAGACAGGGCAGCAGCUCUGGGCCCACCAUUGAGGAGGUGGAUUAAAAAGUAUGAACUGUUUGACUUUUUUAUGCUCAAGUCUGAUAAAUGGACUUUUUGGUUCUGUUUUAUUUUUUUAUAAGCUAAGGACCUUAAGGCCUCAUGCACACAACCGUAUGUAUUUUGCGGUCUGCAAAAAAUGGAUACGCAAAAAGUACGGAUGACGUCCGUGUACAAUCCUGUUCUAUUUUUUUUGCAGAACGGACAUACGGAAACGGAAUGCACACGGUGUACCUUCGGGUUUUUUUGCGGCCCGAUUGAAAUAAUUGGUUCCGUAUACGGUCCCAAAAAGCCCUAAGAGAGUAUUUUUCCUGGAGAAAAAUGUUGAUAUAUUUUAUUUGAAUGUUUGUUGUCUUUUUUUAAUGAUUUAAAAAAAUAUAUAUUUUUUUAUCUAAUUUGUCCUAAGUAUGUGUUACUGUAACUGUUUAUUAGAUACUUUGUGUUUUUCUUUUUGUGUAAAUAAAU